GUUAAACCUACGUCCACCGUCUACUAUACUACAGCUGACCUCAACGUUCAACGUUCUUCAACACCUGCCUCGUUUCGGCGGUCCGAAGUUUGGACAUCACGACGAUUACUAGCGUGCCUGUGCCGCAGUCACUCGAAGUGAUGUCGACGUCCGGGCAGAUGGACGGAACUCCGAAUGAAUGCAUCCCUCUACCGCCAGAACUUACCUCCCAGAUCAUACACCUGCUACCCAGAAAUAGCAGGCGGGUAUGCCUCUUCGUAUCGCGGCGAAUGCACGACCUCGCCUCUGGUAUUCGCGAGUGUCACCAUCCAUCUCGGCGCAUGGGAGGCACAUUGCCCCGAGGAAUAUUUAUCUGCGGAGAUUCUACACCAUAUCGCUCACGACUCACAAUUUGCUGGAGUGGUGAGAAGGCUUGAGGCGCGUGCUUUCGAGCAUCACCUUGACUGUGAGUUUUUUGAGAAUUGCGGCUAUGUCAUGUCCGAACCAGGGCCUUUAUUGCCGGCUAUAGAUGUGCUUUCCAACCUGCGAUCCAUCGCAUGGUACGGGAUCUGCCCUGUUCCUUCGCCGGAGAUCAUCAUUAGACUUGCGAAAGCAUGUCCAUUGCUCCACUCAAUCGCCCUACCGUAAGCGUAGUCCAGAACGAUGUUUCAGUCAUUUUAAAUAAUCAUCUUGAA